CUCCGCUUACAGGCCCGAGCCUUGGCUUGACCGGAAAGAUAAACGUGUCAAACUCGUGCCAGACAGUAUACAAGUGGCUUGGCAGAGGCGCUAGUUGCCUCCCUAUGGGCUCCAGCUGGGCAACCUUGCUCACUGUAUAUACAUAACGUCCCUCGUGAUGUGUGUGGUGUCGGAUUGCAUUUAUCUGCUUUGGUCCGCAGCCCAGCCAACAUGGACAUCGCGCGCUUUAAUAAAACCGAACUCUCUGGAAACCUAAUCAACGACAUCGAUAUCUGCACACCCGCAGCCUAUCCCCUAGCUACUGCAUAAUGACCACCCCCGCCCCCACCACCACAAAGGCGUGGACCUUCACCAAGCCGGGCGAGCCCUCGGCGGUGCUCGCCCUUGACAACGCCUACCCAAUGCCCGCCUUCCCGCCGCAGCCGCCGGUGCCCAAAGCGGUCGAGCGCCUCCUGGCCGAGGAGUGGGUUCUCGUGCGCGUCGCCUACGCGGCGCUCAACCACGGCACGUCCUUCUACCUCCGCAUGCUCCCAGCCUGGGCCCGCAAGCGCGGCCCCGUCGUGCCCGAGCUGGACUUUUCCGGCGUCGUCGAGGACGUCUGGGACCCCAACCCCAACCUCGACCCCAACACCCACAGCCAGCGGCCGCGCCUCGCCAAGGGGGACGCCGUCUGCGGCUUCAUCCCCGUCUCGUUCGCCUGGCCCACGGGCACGGGCGCCCUGCAGGGCCACGUCGCCAUCCCGGCCCGGUUCGCCGUCAGGGCCCCCGAGGGGGUGCCGCUGCGCGAGGCCGCGGGCCUGAUGGUGGCGGCGUGCACGGCGCUGCAGGUCGUCGAGGCCGCGGGGCUGCGGCGCGGCGGGCGCGUGCUCGUCAACGCGGCCAGCGGCGGCAUCGGCCCGAUGGCGCUGCAGAUGGCGCGCCGGCGGGUCGGGCCCGAGGGGUUCGUGGUCGGCGUGUGCUCGGGGAAGAACGCGGAGCUCGUCAGGAGCAUGGGUGCUGACGAGGUCAUCGACUACCAACAGCACCAACCCCUCGCCCCCGAGCUCAAGCGCCGCUACGGCUCAGGCCCGUUCGACGCCGCGCUCGACUGCAUCGGCCUGCAGCAGCUCUACGUCGCGAGCGCGGGCUUCCUGACCCCGGAGGGCGUCUACAGCGCCGUCGGGCUCGUCAUCCCGGCCUGGACGCUGCGGCACAUGGCGUCGUGCAUUGUGUCCAUGCAGCUGAAUGCCCUCUGGCCGCGGUCGCCGUGGCUCGGCGGCACGGGCCGCGCCUGGUGCUGCGCGGCCAUGAUGGACGCGGAGCCCGAGACCAUGCGGCGUGUGGCCGACAUGGCGGCCGCCGGGGAGCUCCGCGCCGUGGUCGACGGCGGGCGCGAGUGGGCGUUCGAGGACGUGCCCGCGGCGCUGGCGAGGCUCGAGAGCAGGCGCGCGGCGGGCAAGGUCGUCGUCAGGGUGGGGGAUCUCUGAGUAGCGGGGGGAGGAGUUUAGUGUGUAGGUACCUAGUAGGUUUGUGGGGCGUAGAGAAGAGGAGACGGCCUCGUUGUGUGCCAUCCACUUGGAAGGUUCCUGGCUCUCCUCCAAUCACCCAAAGGAGCCGCGUCGAUCGUCCUAUCCUCGCAUCUCUAGCGAAGUGGCUUGUUUGCCACGACGACUCGAGGUUGUCGCUACCAAAUCUCGGCUGAAACUUGGCGUGUUAUGCGCACUCAAUAAAAUUAUACCGUUUUUUUCG